AUGUGGCUGCUGACCGUCGUGGGCAAAGUAAGGGGCCAGAAUAAUUUCACUUUCGCUCUUCAACAAGACAAGACAUACUCUAUCGGCAACAGCGAUACUUGUGAUAUCAGUGUCAACGACAAGUAUAUUAGAGCUGAAGAAGGAGCCAUAAGUGUUGGCCCUUGGGAUGUUGCCAAACGGCACGAGACACCCAGUUUACGUUGGAAACCCAAGGAAUCUACAAAAGGCGUCCAAAAAGACAAAUAUCUCUUGCUACCCUCCGGAGCUGGACCACACGACGUCUCUACGGAGCUGAAAAAGUACGACCGAGCGCAUGAGACUGCUGGGCAGUCAGUUGAUCUGAACGCCUCCGGAGUGGUAGGCAUAUAUCUGACAGAUAAUGCCUGGUUCUUCGUUGAAUGGAAAGACUUGACGAUAUUCUACAGUAAUCAGCGACAUCCCUCGUCUGAAUGCAUAGAAAUCUUCAAGCAAUAUUGCAUCUUCAUGACCACUCAGAUGUUAUGGGAUGAUCUACCCACCUACCUUGUCACUGACACCAUCCGCGGGAACCACGAAUGUCGCCUCGCCAUCUGCGGCGGUGUACAUCUUAUCCUCCCAGGCUUCUUCGACUAUGUUCGCGGGAGGCUGGAAUCCAACUGGUCCCCAACGGCGGACUCUUACUGCAGUAUGGACGUGCCAAUACCGGGGGAUAACAGAGAGGAUUUUAGGCCGGCGCCAGCAGGAAAUAUACCUUUUCCAGCUGGGAUCUGGUUGCCUGGAAAGGACAGGAGAAAGUAUCUCAGAAAGUGGAACGUCUUGUUCCUAAAAGAAUCUGCGGCGUCAAAAGAGAUCAACUUCUUCAAGGUCAUGGGGGCCACCGUCCGAGAAAUGGACGUCGAGGAAAACCCCCUUCAAUCUCGUGCAGCUUUGGAGAAGGCUGUAAAUGAAUGGCUGGGAAUCGUCGAGAACACAGGAAGCAAAUCAAAAGCACUUGUUAUAUACAGCAACAAGGCCAAGCCAUACUUUGACAUGAAGGAUUUGGAAGGUGUCUGUGCCGCCGUUAAUAUCCAUAAAGGCACUGCGGCUGUUGCUACUAGUGUAGCCACCAGCGGUGGCGCCUUGGAGUACUUCCACAAACAUGAGAGUAAGGCAAGCGCUCCGAGUAAUGCCAAAACCACGAACAAUGCCGACUCGGGCGAAAACUCAGCCCGAGCCCCUGCCAUUCACGUCCGCCCAUCAAGUCCCGGUGCGCCGACCAACGAUAAGGCUGAUGACGAGCCUCGAGAUGUUGUCCCAUCAACUUUCCCGAAUGACCCAAUACCGUCUGUCGUCAACUUCGACAUACCCCAGAGAAAAGUCUACAGACGAGGGAGAAACGCGGCCUCCCCAAAUACUCCUUCCGAGUUGCCUGUCACAGCCGGUUCAUCCGAGGUUGGUAAACGUACAGCCGUCUCCGCAGCCAACCUGGCUCCCAACGCCCGCUCCUCACGCGGCCCGAGCCCUCAACCAUCCUUCGUUCCAGAUUCUGCCCCCCUACAAUCUGAGCCGCCUCAAGCUCGCACCUCCGGCCCUGCCCUCACCGCAGCCAUGUCCAGUACACAGCUCAACGGCGCGCCUUCUUUACCCGGCAUACCCAUGCGGACAGUCACGCGAAGAAGAGUAGCAACUGGGUCAUCGGGUGAUUUGGCGGCUCCUGCGGCUUCUGCAGCGAGGUCAAGACCGCAUGCGAGGUCGAACCCUGCAGCGUCUGUGGCCUCUGCUAAACGUACGCGACACGACGUCGAAGAGAGCAGUGAGGACGAGUCUGACAAGUAUGUCCAGGCGUUGUACGAAAAAAAGGGCAAUUCGUUUGGAGCUACCAAAAAAGCGAGGACCGAGACCGAGCCAGACGUAGAGAUGGCCGAGUCUACAGAGCAGUCCACUAGUGCGAGCAGGCGCAUGACAGACAAAGAGCGUUUCAAAGCCCCCAGCGAGCUGAUGCAAGUCGAUACGGCGACACAAGAAGAGUCCGAGGAGGAAGAACCAGACUUGUUCAAGCAAACGCUCAUGAGGACAAAGAGGCAGGCAGCAGGGAAGAAGGUGGGAGGGAACAGCUUGGGGAGGACCGAGUCGCAGAACUUGAUGCCGCCUCCGACGCAGACUCAGGCCCGUGGGUCCAGGUCGGCGUCACCACAGCCUCCAACCACAUCCCAGCCUGGAUCGUCGCAAGCGCAAGACCUUUCCUCUCAAACCCAACGGCGACAGGGGCCUAUGAUUACCAUGCAGAAACGGGCCCCCAACACCGAGCCUCCCACUCGAGACGAAGCGUUCCAAGCUGCCCUUGCCAAAAAUCGCAAAGAGAAGGAGAGAAUCGAUCAACUCGACCGCGGCCUGAGUCAAAUGACAUUCUCACAAGGAGAGACGGGCAAGGAAGUGGACAAACCAGCGUACGAGGUGUCGGAUGACUUUGAGAAUGAGGAAACGACGGGGAACUUUGUGGAGAUUGUGAGGGUGGCAGGGCUGUUCAGAAAGGAUCUGGGACAGAGGAAGCAGGCCGUGAGAGGGGACGAUGGGAAACCAAACUUUAAAAAGUUCCACAAGAAAGAUGCCCCGCGGAAAACACCGCUCAAGAUGGUCCUCAACGCCAGCAUCUUCAAAGAGCCUGCAAUGUCCAUGCAAUCAUACUGGCCUCAAGAGGAACAGAAGAAGAAACCCACUUCUCAAAAUGCCUUUGACGACGACGACGACGAUGAUCGUCCCAUCCUCCCCCAAUCUACCGGGGUGCGUCGGCUUUUGCGGGAGACUGACUUUGGCGAAGACGAUGGUGAGGACGAUGACAUGUUACCUUCGACCUCGCGGACGGGUACAAGUACACAGAGAAGCAGGGUGCUGGAUAGUCAGCCGGCUUCGACGGCGGGUCGAGCGUCGGGCAGGGAGAAGAGGGCGGCAAGUGUGGUCAGCGAUGCGUCUGAGGCGCCCGCUGCUUCGUCUAGGACGAGAGGGAAAGGUGCUACAAAGACCACAGCGGCGGGGAAGAAGAAGCGGACUAUCCUGGAGGACAGUGACGAAGACGAUGACGGGAUUGUCCGGGGUACCAGUGAGACGUUUGGAAGGAGCGCCAAGAAUAAGAAGGCCAGUAUCGCAGGGUCGGGGACUGCUACGCUUGAUGACCCUCCGCCGAGUGCUACGGCUGGGAGAAGAGGGACGCAAAGAAGGAGGCUUGUUGUUGAUGAUGACGAUGAGGACGGAUUCGCAAACUUCAAGAGGCGAAAAAUCCAUUGA